UGAUAAGCUGUCCUCACUAUGGGGCCAAUGUGUUUAAAAUGAGAUAAAUUCAGUCAAUUCAUCUCAAGUGUUUCAUUUUAUCUCUAGCAUUCUCCAGAUUAGUCAAGAUCAUGGGGGAUACUGGCAAAGAAAACAUUGGUUUUGAAGGAGACAAUGUUCAGCAACCUCCUGGAGCUUUCUUGGCUGUUGGGCAACAAGCUUCUGGGGGCCACACUUAUGUUUAUGAGCCAAAUAAAAGUCUUCGUAGACUAACAAUAGAAGCACUUCCAUCUGAAGAAAAUUACAGGAAACUUAGUCAAAUUUACAUGGAUCAGAGACCUACAAUAGAAGAGUUGAUGAAUGAUGAAAAGAUUCAAAGGAUUGAUGAGGAAAAAGCUGAGGUGAAGCCAGCACUAACAGGAAAAGUUGUAAAGUUUGGGUGGAUCGAAGGUGUAUUCAUGAGAUGUCUUUUGAAUAUCUGGGGGGUUAUGCUGUUUCUUCGUCUCUCUUGGGUAGUUGGACAAGCUGGUUUAAUUCAAGGACUUCUGAUUUUGACCCUUUGCAAUGCUGUCACUGCUAUAACCACAUUAUCAAUGUCAGCUGUAGCUACCAAUGGACAGAUAGCCAGUGGAGGAGUCUAUUACAUGAUAUCAAGAGCUCUUGGACCAGAAUUUGGAGGUGCAAUAGGACUGAUGUUUACAUUGGCCAACUCUAUUUCUGUAGCAACCUACACUCUGGGAUUCUGUGAUAAUCUGUUGGAUUUGAUAUAUGAUGUAUCAGACUUUGGGGGCAUUGUUGCAGAUCCUGAAAAUAGACUAAAUGAUUUACGACUGAUUGGUACUCCUGUUAUAGUUCUUAUUCUACUUUUAGCCAUAGUUGGUAUGGAUUGGGUGACCAGAGUUCAAAAACUGCUGUUAGUGCUUCUGGUGCUUGCUCAAAUUGAUAUGAUUGUUGGUACAUUUUUCACUGGGGACAGUCUGUAUAUGAAAUCUGACGAAAGGCAUGCUAAAGGUUUUACAGGAUGGAGCCUAGAAACUGGAGAGAAAAAUUACUUUGAACAGUAUCUUGUGAAUGAAAGUGGAACUAAAGAAUCCUUUAUGUCUGUAUUUGGAGUCUUUUUCACAGCAGUAACUGGUAUUGUGGCAGGAGCAAACUUAUCUGGGGAUCUCAAAGACCCUUCCACUUCUAUUCCAAAAGGAACUCUAUAUGCCAUUAUUGUUACAUAUAUAUCAUAUGCCUUUUUUGCUGUUUUGGUUGGAUUCAACUUUCUACCUCAAGCAAGUGGAAAUGUUAUUGAGUAUACAAACAAUACAGGCAUGUAUCCUGAGAUAUUCAACUGUUCUGAAGAAGCAAAUAGAAUAAGAGAAGAAUUUAAUCUAUCUGCAACAUCAUGCAAAUAUGGCUCUGCUCAUGAUCAAAAAACAAUGACUUUGAUUUCAGCAACAGGAUAUUUGGUUUAUCUGGGAUGUUAUGGUGCAACUCUCUCAUCAGCUAUUGCUAGCUUAGUUGGAGCUCCUAGAGUACUCCAAGCUGUUGGAAGAGACAAGAUUUAUCCUAAGUUGGAAUUUUUUGCAGUUGGUCAUGGAGCAAAUAAUGAUCCCUUCAGAGGAUACAUUUUGGUUUUUGUCAUUGCAUUUGGAUGUAUGAUGAUUGGAGAAUUGAAUACCAUUGGAAGUCUAGCCUCCAAUUUCUUCCUGGCUGCCUAUGCUCUUAUGAAUCUUUCUGUAUUCCAUUCCAGCAUGACCAAAUCACCUGGAUGGAGACCAACCUUCAGGUUCUACAACAAAUGGUUAUCUCUCUUUGGAGCUAUUGUAUGUGUUGUCCUAAUGUUUUUACUUGAUUGGAGAUUGGCAUGUGGAACAACAGCAUUGGUUGCAAUUCUGUAUGGAAUCAUGUAUUACUUAAAACCAGAGGCAAAUUGGGGAAGUUCUGCUGAAGCAUUAGUUUUCCUUAAUGCUUUGAACAACACAUAUGCAUUAAAUGAACAGCAAGAUCAUAUCAAAACUUACAGACCUAAAGUCCUUUUAUUAACAGGAAAUCCUAUUCAUAGACAGCCACUAUUAGACUUUGCCAAUCUGCUGACAAAGAAAGUUUCUCUUCUCAUCUGUGCCAACAUUGUCAAUGAGGAUGAAAAAGAUCAAAUCACUAGUAUGAAGGAAAGCGUUGAGUUAUGGUUAAAGGAUCAUAAUAUCAGAAGCUUCUAUUCAAUUAUUCCAAACAACAAAUUAAGUCUAGGAGUUCAAAAUUCAAUCUUGCUGUCUGGUUUGGGAAAACUAACCCCAAAUAUGGUAAUUAUGGGAUUUAAUAGUAACAACCAAAAUAUCCACUCAAUACAAGAGUACUUUCAAACUCUUGUCUUUGCCUUUGAAAACAAAAUGGCAGUAGGAAUCUUGAGACUUCCAAAUGGAAAUGAUUACUCCUCUUACAUUGCAACUGAAGAAACCACCAUUGAAGAGGUUGAAGCCAACAAAAAAGGAAAAAAAGACAAAAAGGUUACUGCUGUAUUUAGAGGAAAAGAUGGAAAAGUUCUUCCCAAACAAAUUGUGGAUGAUAUUACACAAUUCAGAACUAAAAAGAGGGAAGGAUUUAUAGAUGUCUGGUGGCUAUAUGAUGAUGGAGGAUUAACAUUGCUACUUCCUUAUAUUCUGCAGACCAGAAAACAAUUCAGAGAUUGCAAGCUUAGAGUGUUCCUACUGUCUAAUAAAGCAGAGGACUUUGACAGUGAAACCCGAUCUCUUGCCAAUCUUCUUGCCAAGUUUAGAAUAAGUUUCUCUGAAGUUCUGGUAAUACCUGACAUCACAAAGAAGGCUAAACCUGAAACAAAAGCAGAAUUUGAGGAGAUUGUUUCUAAGUAUCCUAAAGAUUCUGUUGACAUGUCCGAACUGAAUGCAAAUGCUGAGAGGACCAACCGACAUCUCAGAACAGCAGAAUUGUUGAGAGAGAAAUCUGCAAACUCUGAGUUGAUAGUUUUAACUCUGCCUCUGCCCAGAAUUGGCAGCUCUCCAUCCUUGUACCUGGCUUGGCUGGAUGUUAUGACUAAAGGUCUUCCUCCUGUUCUUCUAACACGAGGAAAUCAGUCUUCAGUCCUUACUUUCUACUCCUAGAGGAUUGAAAUGUGCAGACAGAUGUUAAAUGAACAGAAAAUCAUAGUGAAUAUUCUAUUUAUAUUUAUUUUGUAUGUGUAGAUUGUGUUGUAUAGUAAAACAAUAAGUUUCAAAAUAUUUGGGUCACUUAUUUUAGGCCCAAAUAAAUCAACAUUCUUUGCAUUUUCUAUUUAAAAAUAAACUUCUUAAAAUAAAAGUCGUUCUCAACUAUCAAUUAUCGUUAAACAUCAACCAUUGUUAACUACAUAUGUUAACAAGCUUGGAACAAAGAAUUUAAAUCUCAAGUUUGUCUCCGGCCCUACUUGUGGAUAUGGAUUUUUAGAAUUAGAUAGAAAAUAUUAUCAUUUUUUCUGAAUUAUGUCUAUUUGCCUGCAUUAUUUGAUGAAUAGUUUGGGAUACAUUAACCCAUAUACAAAAGACACUUGUUUUGUUAGUUUCUAAUCAGGUAUAUUUU